AUGCAGUGUGAGGAGUACAUGAUGGAAAGUUCUGAGAGUGAUAGCUUCUCCGACAUUUUGCUUUCUUGGUCUCUUGAAGAUAUCGUUGACGACAAUCUUUACAAGCACAAGAAUUAUUUUGGGUCUUUUUCAUAUCCAUUACUAGACGAAACUCGAGCUCAGUUACAUUCUAGUAUGGAAACUCUGGACAGAGCACCAUUCCGUGAAGUAACUGCUAUAGAAGAAUCGAAGCCAUAUGGAAAGAAGCUAUAUGAUGUCGAGGUUGAUUACUGGAGAAAGAUGUCCAGUGAUUCCUGCAAGGAAACAUAUAAAACUCAGCCUGGACAUGUUUUUUUACUGUCAGAUGCUAAACCCGAAAGUAUUUCAGAUAUACAGGAGUCAAAGAAAUCAUGGGCAUUUCUGAUAGUCACUGAAGUGUCCAAUCGUUCUUUUAAAGUUAAAGCAUCGAAAGAGCUUCAAGUCUCCAAUGGCAUUCAGCCAUCUCUCCUUAUGGUUUUCUUAAUCAAUAUAACUCCUAACAUCAAAAUAUGGAAAGCAAUCGACAAUAACAAAAGUGCUAGAUGGAAGGUCCUUUUCAGUGACAACUUUUUGAAAUCAUUCAAAAAACUGAAGUCAUUCCGAGUGAAGAUGUCAUUGCUGUUUCUUCUGCUUAAGCUUUCGAGUGGAUGGAGACCCAAUAAAAGAAAUGUAGAAAAGAAUUGUAAAAGAUCUUCAAUGAUCUGGAAGAAAUUUAAGGUCGAAGAUAGGAGAUACGUGCAAGUGUUGAAGAUCUGGGAUAUAUUGCCUGAUCUGUUGAACGUCCAGAAAUUGAAAGAAAUGUCUGGACGGACUAUUGCUGGUUUGUCUUUCAUGAGCAGUGAUUUGGAAAUUCCGGCCAGCUGGCCCCCCGCUCUGGAUGUUGCCCGGUUUGAAGAUUUAAGCAUCACCAAAAAAACCCCAAGUUAUUUACUUGGUGACUCUUCAGCAGAUAGAAGUUAUGUUGAGAAAUCAAAUGUUAGUGAGAGUUUGUUACUGAUGAAAUUCUACUCCUUAUCAUCUGGAGUGGCAAACUUCUUGCUAUCUGACAGUGAAGGUAGAGAACUGGAUCUCCCCUUUCAACUUACAGAUCAAGAAAUGGAGAUCGUCCGUUAUAAUAGAAGUACAUUUAUACUGGGACGCUCAGGCACCGGGAAGACAACAGUUCUUACAAUGAAAUUAUGUCAGAAAGAACAGCAGCAACGUAUUGCAGAGGAAGGAUUCUAUGGUGUUGAGAAUGCACUCUCGCAUGUUUUUCCGAAUAAUAACAAGGUUGAGCAGAGUCCUACUGGUGCUAAUAUGUGUGUCUUGCGCCAGCUUUUGGUGACAGUGAGUGCAAAACUCUGUUUUGCCGUCAAGCAACAUGUUUUACACUUGAAAAGUUUUUCUUCUGGGGGAAACCAUUCAGGUGAAUGCAGUUCGACUGAUAGCAUUGAUUUUGAGGAUGAAGAAGCCCAGUUCAACAAUAUCCCAGAUUCUUUUCUUGAUAUUCCGCCCAACUGUUAUCCUCUUUUCAUAACAUUCCAUAAGUUCUUGAUGAUGCUUGAUGGAACCCUAGGUAACUCAUUCUUUGAAAGAUUCCUUGACACCUCAGAACCUCGGCCAAGUUCAAGAUCAGUUGCGCUGCAGACGGUUCUAAGACAAAAGGAGGUCAAUCUUGCGAGGUUCAGCACUUCUUAUUGGCCUCAUUUUAAUAUACAGCUAACAAAGAAGCUUGAUCCUUCUAAAGUAUUUACAGAGAUUAUCUCUCAUAUCAAAGGCGGCCUGGGAGUCACAGAAGCAGGUGAUGGAAAACUCAGUCGAGGAGAUUAUGUCCAACGUUCAGAGGGCCGGGCGUCAAAUCUGAGCAAGGAGAAGAGGGAGAUGAUAUAUGAUAUAUUUCUGGUUUAUGAAAAAAAGAAAAAGAAAAAUGUUGAAUUUGAUGUCACUGAUUUUGUUAAUGAUAUUCACCGUCGACUCAGACGUGAAAAGUACAAGGGUCAUGAAAUGGAUUUUGUAUAUAUUGAUGAGGUUCAGGAUCUAACAGUCAAUCAGAUUAGACUCUUCAAACACGUUUGCAGUAAUGUUGAAGAGGGUUUUGUUUUUUCUGGUGAUACUGCACAGGCAAUUGCAAGGGGUAUUGAUUUUAGAUUCCAAGAUAUACGACACAUGUUCUACAAGGAAUUCGUACUGGAAUCAAAAAGAGAUAAACACGAAGAAAGAGAAGACAAAGGACAAAUCUCAAAAAUGUUUCAUUUGUCUCAAAACUUCCGUAUGCAUGAUGGUAUACUGAAGUUAUCACAGAGCAUAAUUGAUCUACUUUACCAUUUCUUCCCCCAAUCUAUUGAUAAAUUGAAACCUGAAACCAGUCCAAUAUGUGGGGAAGCUCCAGUUUUGCUUGAACCUGUAAAAAAUGAGAAUAUAAUCAUGAAGAUUUUUGAAAGUAGUGAUACUUUUCAUGGAAAUAUAGUUGGCUUUGGAGCGGAGCAGGUUAUUUUGGUACGUGAUAAGCAUGCUCGGAACGAAAUUUCCAAUCAAGUUGCAAAGCGAGCUCUUGUUCUUACUAUAUUGGAGAGCAAGGGCCUUGAAUUUCAGGAUGUACUGCUUUACAACUUUUUGGGAUCAUCACCAUUGCAAAAUCAGUGGAGGGUGAUAUUUGAUUUGCUUGACUCCACUUUACCUGAGCACUUUCCAAGUUUUGAUGAAGACAAACACAACAUCUUAUGUUCCGAACAGCAUGAUUUGCUUGACUCCACUUCAUCAAUAAUUUUGUUUUGCUCUGGAAAACGGAUCCGGCACAUGGAGAUAAAUAAAAACAGCAAGCAGAAGUGUUGGGCCAUGGGCGUGGAGGAAAUCUGUUAA